GCCGGAACGUGCCGAGGAACUCCGAGCGGCUUCGGCAGGUAGUGCUGGGAGGUCGAGCCGAGGAGGCAACUUUGUCGGGAUCUGAGCCGGACGGAGUUGCGUUUCGGGGGCCAGCGGCGUCAUGGGAGCGUGCCUCGGGGUCUGCUCUUUGCUGAGCUGCGUGUCGUGUCUUUGUGGUUCUGCUCCUUGUCUCUUGUGCGGCUGUUGCCCCUCAACAAAGAACUCCACCAUCACACGCCUGAGCUUCACCUUCUUCCUGUUCCUGGGAACGUUGGUGUCUAUUAUCAUGAUCAUCCCCGGAGUAGAAGCAGAACUCUACAAGAUUCCUGGGUUCUGUGAUGAAGGCAAUACAGUUUUCGGUGUCCACGGUAAAGUCGCCUGCAAGUCCUUCCUGGGUCACAAAUCGGUAUACCGCAUGUGCUUUGCCACAGCUGCCUUCUUCUUCCUGUUUGCCUUGAUAAUGCUCUGCGUGAGGAGCAGCAAAGACCCGAGAGCCUCAAUACAGAAUGGGUUUUGGUUCUUCAAAUUCCUGAUACUAAUUGGAAUAACAGUGGGGGCCUUCUAUAUUCCUGAUGGACCGUUCACAUCUGUUUGGUUCUACUUUGGUGUAGUCGGCUCUUUCCUCUUCAUCCUCAUCCAGCUUAUCCUCUUGAUUGACUUUGCACAUUCCUGGAGUCAGAUUUGGCUGCACAAUGCGGAUAAUGGCAACUCAAAAUGCUGGUAUGCAGCCCUCUUCAUCUUCACGUUCCUCUUCUACGCUGUCUCCAUUGCUGCGGUGGUGCUGCUCUAUGUGUAUUACACGAAGGCAGACGGUUGUACAGAAAACAAGGCACUCAUAAGCCUUAACCUCAUCUUCUGUGUGAUUGUGUCCGUGGUUUCCAUCCUGCCCAAGGUCCAGGAUGCCCAGCCUCACUCCGGGCUGCUGCAAGCCUCCAUCAUUACACUCUAUACUAUGUUCAUCACCUGGUCGGCCUUGGCAAAUGUCCCAAACAAAUACUGCAACCCGACCCUUCUGAUCCGAAUGGAAGGCAAUGGCACCAGCACCCUUCCUGCUGGUGGACAACCAACUCAGUGGUGGGAUGCUCCGAGCAUUGUGGGAUUGGUCAUCUUCAUCCUCUGCACAUUCUUCAUAAGCAUCCGCUCCUCGGACCACGUCGAAGUGAACAGGAUGAUGCUGACGGAGGAGAGCCCAGCUAUGAUCGAAGGGGGCAAUGCUGGCUUUGAAGGCGAGGGGCGCCGGGCUUAUGACAACGAAGAGGAUGGAGUGACGUACAACUACACUUUUUUCCACAUCUGCCUCUUCCUGGCCUCCCUCUACAUCAUGAUGACGCUCACAAACUGGUACAGGCCUGAAGCAAACAACCACGUGCUGACCAGCCCUUGGACUGCGGUCUGGGUGAAGAUUUCUUCCAGCUGGGCUGGGCUUCUCCUGUACGUCUGGACUUUGGUAGCCCCCAUUGUGCUUCCAGAUCGCGACUUCAGCUGAAAGCUGUAGUGCCACACCAUUUGUGCUAUGCAAAGAAGAAGUGUGUCUUGCUAUGAUGAAGGGGUUAACAAAGGAGACUCUUUGUUCCUUUACUUGAAAUGUGGACUCUGGUCCGAAUGGGCACCGAAACUGUCCACGUAAUCCCUUUUUGCUCUUUCAGCAUCUAGGCAGAUCUGCCACACUUGUGCCUUCGCCUGUUUCUUUUUCUCAAAGAAUAUGUUAAACAAAGGAAAUGGGUCCACUUGUGUGUGAUACUUGACACAUAUGUCAUUAUGGUUUUCUUUGCUGUGGGAGGGGGAGCAGUACAGAUUAGGUUGCUGCUCCUCACGAUGACCUCUAAGCAUGUUGCAAAAGGCCCUAAAGGUUGGCCGACCAGUUAUUUUUCUAAAGAAUGCUCAGCAUGAGAAUAACUUUGAAUGUCUCUGUUUAAAGGAACCCUUUUGCCAAUUUGCCUUAUUGCAAGAAUACCUCUUUGUUUUGGAUAAAUUUGUUUAUUUUGAUAUGCAACUUUGUGUCACUUGGGAGUUUUCAAUAAAUGAAUAGACUUGAGCAUAAAAUA